GUUCAAAGCGACCUGCACGUUUUCAAGGAAACAGCUCCCACCAAGGCGCCUUUAACUGCCUUAUAUUUGCAAUUAAAUUGACUCCGAAGCAGAGAAGAGGAGCCUAUUCAGCAUCUUGUUAUUUAGUCUCCGAGGGAGCUCCCCAAAUUGACCUGCAAGGGCAUAGCAAAAAUGAUGACCUGCCCUGAGUAUGCAAGCGAGGCGAGUGCUUGUGGAGACCAGCAGGAUCAGUUUGAGAAGCAUGGGGUUGUUUUCCGGGAAAGUGGCGACGGGGAAAACCUCUGGGACACCUUUGGGCUUCUGCAGAUUGAUGUGGGAUGUGAAAGCCCCAGGGACCGGUUGGCAGAAAACAAGAAUUGGUGUUCGAGAAACGUUUUAAGGAAACAGAGGCACUGGGAGAAGAUAAUUUCAGCAAAAAAGAGCAAAAGGAAAUAUGAGCGAGAGCGGCGUAAAGCUAAGCACGCAGAAGGAAAAGAUGCUGUUCCCCAGCUCAGCAAGCGGGAUUUGAAAGUGAUUGCAAAAGAGCGCCUUCUGGAGGCCAAGGAAUCGGGCCCUCGGCUGUGUAUCGAUUUGAGCAUGACCGUUCACAUGACCAAGAAGGAAACUAGCCGGCUUGCUGCUCAGAUAAGGCGGCUCUAUGGGUCAAACAAGAAAGCUCAAGCCCCCUUCUGGAUCUACCUCACAGGGUUUGUGAAAAACAGCCCAAUUUACGAAGCAUGCCAGAGGAUGAAUGAUGGAUUUUCCAGUUAUUUUAUGGAUGUUACUCCAGAAAGUUACCUUGACCUGUUUCCUUUAGAAAGAAUUGUGUACCUCACUCCAGACUCCGAGAACGCUCUUGAGGAAGUCGACCCGCAAAAAGUGUACAUCCUUGGAGGGUUGGUGGACGAAAGCAUCAAAAAGAGACUCACCUUCCAAAGAGCCCAGGAAGAACAUCUGCAAACAGCACGGCUGCCAAUCCAAGAGUACAUGGUAAAGAACGUCAAUGCAAAGAAUUAUCACUCCACAACAUUGGCCAUCAAUCAAGUGCUUGAUGCCUUGUCAACUUUCUACGAGACCAAGAGCUGGGAGGAAGCCCUCAAAGCUGCAGUUUCUCCUGGAAAAGGAUACAUUCUCCGAGACACAGGACAGUGAUGGGCGGAAUCGGCGUGCAAAAGUGGGAGAGAAGUUGAUAAUGAGGCGGCUAGGUUAGGACCUGUCUUCAGUGACCCUCACCUGCUGAACUGAUCCCCACUUCUCUGGAGCUAAACAGUUGUGGGGCUAAACAGUUGCUUGUUCUUGUUGAAUCUGUGUUAGGAGAGGGGGUUAAAAUACCCUUUAACUUCUUUAAUAUUACUGUUAGCGACCAAUGGCGAGAACAUUUUUUCCUUGGGUAAACAGGGCAUUUGUUCUGAGAGCUGCUUCUUUUUUUAGCGGGAAAGCGUUUAAUAAAUUUAUUUAAUAAACAA